AUGACAAGCGGGGAUAUCGUUUAUGACAAGAUUCACUUCAGACACGACCCAAAGUGGAGCGGUCGCGUCGGGCCCGCGGAGGGGGGCGGGCCGCUGCUCUGUGUGGCCUGUGUGGUCGAAAUGAUGGAGAGUGACCACAUCGCGGCUGUGAGGAAGUCUUCUGCCCUAUCUGGUGUCAGUGGGGUGUUGAAGUGCUGUCCGGGGGCUUUAAGGGAGCUGCUCCAGCAGGAUCACAGAGUCUCUCUGCACUUCACAGCCACACUACUGGGGAUGCUUCAGACUGUGGAGGACCCUGUCACUCUGGAGAAGGUCGACCAAGUGCUGAUUCAGCUGCUUGUGGAGCUGCAGAGCGAGCUGUCGUUUCGCUUUGUUUUGGACGAGGUACACAAACAGCUGAGUGACCAGCACACUGUGAAGCGUUUCCUGCCAACCCUCACGUUCUUGGGAAACCUUGUGAAAGCAGUGCCUAAUGUGGCCCACAGCCUCGUGACUCAGUAUGUGCCCCUGCUGGACCACCUGUGCUCGACCUUGCUUUACCCAGAUGAAGCAUUUAAGACUUCGGUUUUAUAUGUGUGGCUCCAGCUGCUCGGGACACCUGGGGGCUCAGUCACCCAGGCCUUGCCAACUGGCAUCAGAGACAGGUUGUGCGUCCUGUUGCUGCAGACUUUAGGCAACGCCGACUCCCCACCGCUCAUCAGAAACUGUGUUGGCCUGCUGUGGCAACUCGUGCAGCAGGGCGAGGCAGUGUCAGCCCUGAUGAACAGUCAGAUGAUGUGCGAUGAGAAUGAGGACAUCCUCGCCAACGACAGCCAGAUCCUCAGCCAAAACCAAGAGCAACAGCCCCCCGACCACUGCCCUCUGCCUCUCAUACUGAAAAAGUUGCUGCUGAGUGGUGAUGAGACAUUGCAGGUGACCAGCGCUAAGUGUAUGGCAGCUGUUCUGGUCCAUUCUCCGAGUCAGUACGGCGCUCCCUUCAUCAAGGCUGAUGUACCUGAGUUUCUGUUCGACUGUCUGGCCUCCAGUAGCAGUGAGGCACUACUGUGGUCCGUCUACAGCUGUUUGCUGUUGCUGACUGAGGACACGCUCUUCUUCUCCCAGUGUCACUCCGUCUAUGGUAUCGAGUCUCUGGUGCGCAGUUUGAACGAGGCUCUGCGGCUGACCAACCCCGAAGUGCCAAAACAAGGUCUGCUUCUGCUGACUGAAAUACUGGAAAGGCAGCCCCCGAGCGUGCAUCUGUUUCCCAGUGGCCCGGGUUUUGUGGCGGUCUCAGAGGCCGUGCUGGCCGGAGUCUCCUGCUCUUGCCUGCUGGUAGCCACACAGGCUGCCAGCGCCGCCUCCGCCUUGUUCAGACUAAACCACCAGUCCAGACCAGUCCAGUACAAGGAAGUAGAAGGACUGAUAGAGACCAUCACGAGCAGAUUCUCUGAGCUGCCUCCGCCCUCCGCCGCUCAUCGAAAGCGGAUCUCUGGGAGUCUGAAGAGGUUAGAUCCAAGCAGCCAGCCUUCUAAGUCUGAACGAUUUCUGCUUCAGGCCCUGGUCUGUUUUCAAGCUGCCUGCAGGCUGGCUGAAGAGUGUGCGUCAGAGCCAGCUCUGAGGGAGAACACGUUCACAGCUCCAUACAAAAACAACAACGCUCAGGACUCGCUGGAAUCUCUGUGUCAAUGUCUGCUGCGCUGCUGCGACUCCGUCUGGAUCCCCACCGUUAUUAAGGUGUGUGAACGUGCAGCCAGCGCCGGGCCACUGCAGUACUUCUACUCCAUCCUUUCUUCCCAGUUUACCCUUCUUCCGCCUCUCAUGCCUGCCUUUGCAAAUAAACUGGCCUCCUCUGGUUUCUACAGGCUGGCUGUGGAGCACAAAGGCCUCUUCUGUGCGGGAAACAGGAACCCCGAUCUGAAUGCAGCUUGCUGUGGUUUUCUACAGAAACUCAGUGUGUGUCUGCUCUCCCAGUCAGACCCUGCUUCUGGUUCCGACCACCACGAUGUUGAAGAGGUGGAGAAUCUUCUGCGAUACAACCUUCCCUCUCUGUGUUGCCAUCUGUCAGACUGGCCGUCUCUGCUGUCUGAAUAUAAAGGACAAAGGGCCGCUCAGUACUGUCUGGUGAUAAUGCUGUGCCUUGCUCUGCAGCACGGAGACAGGCUCCUUCCAGACCAGACGGUGUUUUCCAGCGUGGUGUGGCUGUUGCAUUCGGUGCAGGAGCAGGGCAGCUGUGCCUUGCCUCCCUCUGUGCUCCGCUCUGCCCUCUACCUGCUGGCGGUGACGCAGGACAAGAACCCCAGCCUCGACAGGGCUCCUUUGAACUGCGUCAGCAAAGCUCUCUCCUGCCAAAGCUUCUCUUCCCUCUACUUUCACCAUCCGGCGCUCCUCCACUUCAUCUGCGGCUAUCCAGACCUAGCAAAUAAAUUUGGGCCCCUGGUUUUGGAGCUUUGGUUGACCAAGCAAGCGCAGCAUCCAGAUGCAGAGCAGAUCACGGCAGACGUGCAGAGGAAAGGUGAGAAGAGAGAAAGUCAUGCAAAUGAGGCACAGGAUCAGGAGCCAGACCUGGAAACCAUGGAGCUCCUGACUCUGAUAGACAAACACCCAGCUGUCAUUCUGACCCUCCUGGACAUGGUUUGCACCAGAGAGGCUCCGCUGGCAGAGCGAGUUCUGGGUGUAAUGGAAGUCUUCCUGCAUGGGCAGAGAGACUAUGACACAGACCUGUGUACAAGUCUUAGGGCAGCCCUGCUCCAGGCACUGCAGCGAGUUAGUGUGGAGAACGUGGGCCAUCGGCUUGGACAGGGACACACUGCACAGGCAGUGAAUUCACUCCCUCUGCUGCUGAAGCUGCUUUGUGUCACACAGGCCUGUGACCCGCCCUCAAACUCCCCCUACAGUGAAAUGGAAGGAGCGCACUUCAAGCUGCUCUACCACGUGAGUAACAUAGCAGCGAGGUUGAAGCCUACGAACACGGAGAGCCUGCUGCCUGCCCUCAGCUACUUGUACUGCUGCCUGAGUCUGCCCCCUGCACACUGCACUGACAGAGCUGUCUCCAUGCUGCUCUCCAAUAGUGGGCUGAUGGACCAGCUGCAGACAGUCCUCUCCUCCUCCUCCUCCUGUGCCCCGUCCCUCUCCCCACCACCACCCUGUCCUCCUUUGGCCUUGCUGUGCUGCUGCCAUCUCCUCCUGUCCUCCCUCAUUACCUUGCAGCGCGUUCACUCCGCUCAGGUCCAUAAGAGCAUCAGUUGGAGUCUGGACACAACUGUGCAGCGACUCCUCGUUCAGAAAAGAAACACAGACAAUCUCUUGCUGGUGAGCUACCUGAGGUUGCUGCAGGCUCUACUUGAUGCUGACCUGGCAUCCGCAGUGGUGUCUGUGAGCUCUGGUCCUGGCCUGGUUGGGCCCAAACCCCUAGGGGUCGAAGACGGUGCUCUGUAUCCGCUCGGCUCCAGAGGGGCCCAGAGCCUCUCAACUGCCCUCAGUGGACUUCUUUUGCAGAAGCACGAGUUGCUGUUGAGAGCCUCUGUCAACUGUCUAAGCUCCCUGCUGGGCUUCGUUCAGAGGAAGAGUCCCACUACAGCCAAAUACGUGGUGUGUCAACCGUGGAGUGGAUUUCUCCUCCGCUGCCUGCUCAGCUCAGGAGAGAACUGCCUUCUGCACCCUGCCAUUCUCAGACUCAUCACCCUUCUACUGCAGGACAGCAGCACAACGGUGCUGUGGGAGCCCGACCUGCUCCAGGUGAUGGAGGCGGUGGAGAGGAGGGGGGUGAAGGAGCUCAGCCAGGAAGCAGCGCAGGCCUUAAGGCUGCUUCUGACACAGAUCCAGAGCGGUGUGAGGCUACCCACUGAAGAGCUCAAGCAGCGAGCGGAGGCUACGAUGGAGGCACUUGGACCGAACAUGCCAGUCAUGAACUGCAGCCCCAGUCUACCCAGCAGCCUCGUACGUGUCGGAGGUGUGUCCGUCUGUCUCUCUGACUUCACGCUGAAGCCAGUCUGAUGUUCUGGCUAACCGAAGCGUAUGAUUUCAUCACAUUAUUAGGUUGACGGUUGUUUAUUUACUCUGUGUACUUGCUGCGAUUCACCACUCUGCUCCUGAAGCAGCAUGUCCUCCUGAAGUUUGGUCACAGUGAAAUCAUUUAAUGUGUGUUUGUUCGUUGAAAGAAGUUUAUUUACAGCAGUGUUGAAGGAAAUAUCAUUUUUUAGCACAAUUAAAAAUCAGAUUUAAA